GCUCGCCCUGGGGCCGCGCGGGGAGCCUGGACGCGCUGCCGGGCUCCGUGCAGCCGGGACCCAGCUCCUGACGCAGUCCCCACCGGCCAUACCUUCUGCAGGGUCUCAUAGAAUCAUGGACUGAGUCCAGCCGGUCCCCGCUGCACAGAUGGGGAAACUGAGGCCUGGGGCAGCGGAGUGGCUGGCCUCUGGCCACACAGGAAGACCCCGCCCCCUCCAGAACCUCCUGCUCUUGCUCUGGACCCUCCUGCACUGUGGUUUGGGGGGCAGUGCUCAGGGUCCAGGCGAGUGGACGCCGUGGGGCUCCUGGAGCCGCUGUUCCAGCUCCUGCGGGCGGGGCGUCUCCGUGCGCAGCCGGCGCUGCAUCCGGUUUCCUGAGGAAGAACCGUGCUGGGGUGACACCCACGAGUACCGCCUCUGCCAGUUGCCGAACUGCCCUCCAGGGGCUGUGCCCUUCCGAGACAUACAGUGUGCCCUGUACAAUGGCCGCCCCGUCCUGGGCAACCAGAAGACCUAUCAAUGGGUGCCCUUCCACGGGGCGCCCAACCAGUGCGACCUCAACUGCCUGGCCGAGGGGCACGCCUUCUACCACAGCUUUGGCCGCGUUCUGGACGGCACCCCCUGCAGCCCUGGUUCCCAGGCACUCUGCGUGGCUGGGCGCUGCCUGAGCGCAGGCUGCGACGGGCUGCUGGGUUCAGGCGCCCUCGAGGACCGCUGCGGCCGCUGCGGCGGCGCCAACGACUCGUGCCUCUUCGUGCAGCGCGUGUUCCGAGACUCUGGUGCCUUCGCCGGGUACUGGAAUGUGACCUUGAUCCCUGAGGGCGCCAGACACAUCCGCGUGGGCCACCGAAGCCGCAACCACCUGGCGCUGAUGGGGGGCGAUGGGCGCUACGUGCUUAACGGGCACUGGGCGGUCAGCCCGCCCGGGACCUACGAGGCGGCGGGCACCCGUGUGGUCUACGCCCGCGCCGCGGGGUUGGAGGAAACGCUGCACGCCGCCGGGCCCACCUCCCAAGACUUGCUCCUACAGGUCCUCCUGCAGGAGCCCAACCCCGGCAUCGAGUUUGAGUUCUGGCUCCCUCGGGAACAUUACGGCCCCUUCCAGGCUCAGGUGCAGGCCCUGGGCUGGCCCCUGCGGCAGCCACAGCCUCGGGAGGUGCAGCCUCAGCCCCCCAACUCCCCCGCAGCCCCCGCUGCCGUCCCUGCACGGAUCCCGACCCUGGCCCCAGACCCCUGCCCACCCUGCCCUGACACCCGCGGUCGUGCCCACCGGCUGCUCCACUAUUGCGGCAGCGACUUUGUGUUCCAGGCCCACGUGCUGGGCCGCCAUCGCCAAGCCCAGGAGACGCGCUACGAAGUGCGUGUCCAGCUCGUCUACAAGAACCGCUCGCCACUGCGGGCCCGAGAGUAUGUGUGGGCCCCGGGUCGCUGCCCCUGCCCACCACUGGCUCCCCAUCGAGAGUACCUGCUGGCUGUCCAGCGCCUCGUCAGCUCUGAUGGCACACAGGAUCGGCUGCUGCUGCCUCACGCUGGCUACGCCCGGCCCUGGAGCCCUGCUGAGGACAGCCGUGCACGCCUGGCUGCCAGGCACUGUCCUAUAUGAGCUGCCAGAGGAGCCCCCCCACACACACACAGCGAGAAAGACACACCUGACC